AUGACCACACCUCCACCAUCACCAGCUCACAUUUUACGGACGCACAAGGCUCAAAUUAACUCUGUCUGCUUCUCAGAUGAUAAUGAACGGCUGUAUAGUGCAGAUCUUCAAGGUUGGGUGACCCUGACUUCGACAAGAACGCUGAGGCCGCUAGCAAGAUGGCAGGCCCACACCGACAGCGUUCUCGGCGUAGACGAAUGGAAUGAGACGAUAUUAACUCAUGGCCGUGAUCAUAAACUACAUAUCUGGUCUCGAACAUUGCCCCCAAUAGAACUAGUGGAAACAAUCAACAUCUCAGAGAUUGUUUCCGCUCCGCCAUUGCUCUACUCCCUCGAUGUCAACGCCUUGAACUUUUGCCGCUUCCACUUACUUCCUUCAAAGGAUGGUACCGCAACACUCGCGGUGCCAAACCUCGUAGAUUCGAAUUAUAUCGACCUCUGGCAACUUCCAAGCAAGGACCGCCUCCACGCGGCCAUAGGCAAACAACAUGUUCAAGACUCCGGUAGAGAUGACCCUUCAGACCGUCGCUUGAAGCUCGGUGCUGUUAUGGCGGUCGCCCUGUUCUGCCAGCCAGUUGGAGACUAUAAAGAAGUCUUGCACACUCUUAUUGGGUAUGAAGACGGCUCAGUAGCUUUAUAUUGUCGGGACGACGACGACGGGAAGAAAACGGUUGAAGGGCUCGAUUGGACACAAUUGUGGCGGGUAAAGGAACAUUCUGAAUCGGUAAUGGCAAUGUCACUCGCAGCCAACCACCAGUUUGCACUCACUGUGUCGGCGGACUAUAAGAUUGUCAAGUACUUCCUCUCGGCAAAAAAGGUAUCUGCUCCACAUCUAUGCAAAAGUGCCGGGCACGGCGCCGUCGCGAUUCGAGGUGAUGACAAAGUAUUUGCUGUUGGUGGAUGGGAUGGAAAAAUCAGGCUAUACUCGACCAAGUCCUUCAAGUCACUCGGUACAUUGUCCCACCAUCGAGAAGGGUGCUACGCGCUGGCCUUUGCUCAGAGGGUCUCUACUGGAGAGAUUGUGGAAGACGACGAACUCGAUGUGCAAGACCAAAUUUCUAGAGGAUUAUGGCUAGCGUCGGGUAGCAAGGAUGCAAGAGUAUGCAUAUGGCCUUUGGUAGACUUUCAAGGACAAAAGCGUGCUUGA